CACAAAAAUAAUAUAAUGGCAACAUUAAAAUUUCUUUCAUUUCUCAUUCUUCAACUUUUUUUGAUUGUUAAUAAUUGUGAAGGUGUGGAAGUAGGAUUCUACAAGCAAACAUGUCCAAAUGUGGAAGCAAUUGUCAAAGAAACAACAAAGCACUACAUUUCUAUUGCUCCUACUUUGGCUGCCCCUUUGUUGAGAAUGCACUUCCAUGAUUGUUUUGUUAGGGGAUGUGAUGGUUCAGUGCUACUAAAUUCAACAAAAGGAAAUAAAGCAGAGAGAGAUGCAAUUCCAAAUCAAAGCCUAAGAGGAUUUCAAGUGAUAGAUGCUGCUAAAUCAGCUUUAGAGAAAGAGUGCCCUGGCAUAGUAUCUUGCUCUGAUAUUUUAGCCUUAGCUGCCCGUGACGCUGUUUCACUGAUAAAUGGACCGACAUGGUCAGUCCCAUUAGGAAGAAGAGAUGGAAGAGUCUCAAUUCUCUCAGAGGCCUCAAAAAACCUACCAACUCCUUUUGAUAACUUCACUACUCUCAAAACUACAUUUGGUGCAUUGGGACUAAAUGUUAAAGACCUUGUUGUUCUAUCAGGAGGACACACAAUUGGGAUGUCACAUUGUUUUUCCUUUUCGAGCCGUUUGUAUAAUUUCACUGGUAAAGGUGACAUGGAUCCAAACAUGGACCAAAACUACAUUAAUCAUUUGAAGAUCAAAUGUAAACCUGGAGAUGUUACUACAAUUGUUGAAAUGGACCCCGGAAGUUUCAAGAGUUUCGACACUGAUUAUUACAGUAUGGUUAGCAAAAGAAGAGGGUUAUUCGCGUCUGAUGCAGCUCUUCUUACAGAUACUCAAACAAAACAUUAUGUGUUAUCUCAAUUAAAUCAACAUGGAUCAACUUUCUUCAAGGAUUUUGGAGAAUCAAUGCUGAAAAUGGGACAAAUUGGAGUCCUUACUGGGAAAGCAGGGGAAAUUCGAAAACAUUGUGCCUUCCGAAACUAA